AUGCAGCACACCACCAUACAGACCAACCACCAGGACGAGCCAACAGGGCAGCCGUCAGGGGUACAGCAAAACAAAGGUGCACAGCAGCCGCCUCAGGCAAACAAGACCACUAAAGAGCACAAGCCAGCAGCUGCAAAAAGCAAGCCAGCACGGCAGAAAAAAGACAGCUGCCAGCCACGCCCACCGCAGCAGCAGCAAAGCAGCAGCAGCAGCCAAGACACCUGGAUGCCCACACACAACAUCACUCAUUUCCCCCUCAUCCUCAGCCAACAACCACCCUUCACGGCCCUACAGCAUGGCUUGCCGGUCCUCCGUGACAUGCUAAGCUACCAACUCCACGCAAGCACAAGCCCACCACCUCACCCACCACAGGCAAUGGCAGCAACACCACCACCACAACCCACACGAGAAGAGCUCGAACUUACCCUGCAAAUUGCGCAAACACUCACCACACACAUCCAGGACCUGGCACGAAAAAUCAUGCAAAGCCACCACCACAACCCAACAAGCAACCAACCACACCACAAUGACGUCAUCACCAUCGACAGCCAAGAGUCCCACACACAAGAGCAGGCCACAACGACAGAGCAAGCCACACCACACGACCCGACCACAGCACAAGCCAUGACACACACCACCCAACAAACAACCACACAGUCCCGACCGGAGCAAGUGCCAGGACAGGAAGGGCCACCGGAACAGGCUCCACCGACCGCGACCGCAGGCACAGCAACACCGCCACACACAAGCCAGCCUGCAGAAGCUGCAACACAACACACAGGCAGCGGCAGCCACGAAGCAACCAACCAGCCAUGGUGGAUCCUGGGACGACAAGCGCAACGCUCGAGGAGCCCGCCAGAGCGAAGGCAAGUGGACAUCUUUGCAGACCCGCUCAUCGAGCCCACUCAGCGGAUGACGCAGUACGACGCUGGAGACGGAACCAGCGACAUCCUGCCGAUGGCUGAGGAGGACGAGUA